UUGUUCCCCCAGCUUUUAUUGCUGAGGGACCGGAUAUGGAAUAGGCCUUUGGUCAGUUUGGUUCAGCAGUCCCAGCUGUGUCCCCUGCAAACUGCUUGUGUCGCCCUACUGGGACAGGGAGGAGCAUGAGAAACAGAGAAGGCCUUGAUGCUGUGUAAGCACUGUUCAACAACAGCUAAAACAGCAGUGUGUUUUAAACACUGUUUUGGUCACAAAGCCAAAACACAGCACCCUACGAGCUACUAUGAAGAAAAUUAACUCUGUCCCAGCUAAAAGAGGUACAGUGUGAAAGACAAAAAGGUGAAAUAACAAUCUUAAAUGUUGUUAUGCAUUUUUUAUUUUGCCUGAUCUACUUCUUUUCAAAGGACACAAAGUCUAAUUGUUUACAAUAGGAGAAAUUGGGCUUAGGAACGUACAGCAGAUUAUAAGAGAGAAGUUUAUUUAGUGUACAGGGAAGUGUGUGUCAGUUCUAAUGGCACAAAUUAAGUAUACAGCAACACUGUAUAUUGGUCUGGUUUACCUUCUUUGUAUUUAGAAUAGAAAUGGCCAGCUUAAUUUUUUUUAGAGCAAUAUUUUGUGAAUAGUGGAAUAAUACUGCCCUCAGUUUAAUCCUUCAAACAAUAUGCUUCUGACUUCAGAACAUAUAAGAGAGGAAGAACACUGAUGUUUCAAAGAGUCUUUCUGAAAAAGAUAAGCUAUCAAAAGAUUAGCAACAGACGAUAUAGGUAAAGAUAGUAAAUGAUUGUUAGUCUUUGGAAUUUUUAUUUUUAUUUAAGCACCAGUGGUUUGUGUUGUUACUUUUGGGGAACACCAUCAGCAGAGGAUAGGGAAUAACUUUUUCCAAAAAUAAUAAAUUAAUAAGGCUAUUAGUGGUGGCUUUUUAGUUAGACCCUGGAUAAACCAGAGAUUAGGCUGUUUAUUGUUCCUAUGCUACUGAAUCUAAUACUGCAUAUUAGUGACUGAAACUUUGCAAUCACCUCUCAUCAAUUGCCCCUUAUCCUCACCCUAGAUCGGGAGAUAUAGUAACAAGCUGAGUUAUAAAAAAUUAAACUCCAUGUAGACAUUGCAAAGAUACUGAAAUGAGCAGCAUAGAAGGUCUUCAGCUGUCUCAGUGCAAAGAAAACAAAUUACAAAGGAAGGCCACAAUGCAGAGAACAUGUGGGGGAGAUUAAUAAUGACCUAGGAAUGGCUCUUGAAUUAAAUUAGCACUUUGUUCCACCCUUUAGGAAGGACAAUGCUAAUGGUGGAGGGUUAAAGAAAGAUGACGGAAAAGAAGGUCUGAAAAUAGAAGUUGUACAGCAAAGGUAAAAAAACAUUCCAGUUGGAAGGUGAUAAUGAAUAAUUUCCAUUCCAAAAUUCUAAGAAGACGGACAAGCUAUUGAAGAACCUAUAAUGGGUGUUUAAUAUAAAUGUGUCGUGAGCAUAGUGGUACAAUGUGGCAAAAGAAAGCAUGAGCGGUUCCUUGGUUUAGGAAGGGAAAAAAAGUUUAUUUAAGUAUAUGCAAGUUUGUAAGUGCGAUCUUGAUCACAUACAAGGUUUUAGAGUAGAUUUUAGAAGGACUAUGACAAAAGAAAUACGGAGAAAUGUGAUUAAUUUGAGCAACCUGAUCUAGUGAAAGAUGUCCCUGCCUACGGCGGGGGGUGGGGGGUUUGGAACGAGAUGAUCUUUAAAAGUCCUGUCCAACCCAAACCAUUCAAUGAUUCUAUGAUUCUAACUGGGGCAAGAGCUCUUUAUUAUGACCUUGCUGCAGAAGAAAACACAUUGUGUAACAGCACUUGGCUGAAAGACUGGGUAGAUGUAUUAAUCUUUGGCUGAUGACAAGCUCAGAUGUGUCUGUGCAAUGUGAUGCAUCUGCAAAAAAUGUAAUCCUAGCAUAUGUUAAGAAAGAAAAUUUCCAACAAUGAUGAAGGCUUAUCACUGUCAUGUACAAAUGGACAAGCAACAGAGAUUUCUGGUCUCCUGUGCUAUAGAUUAACUGAAACUAGGCCAACUGCACAGAUGCAACUGUCAAGGAAGAGUGUUUCUUAUGAGAUGGUAUUAGAACAGCCUGUCUUGUCUAAUGAAAAAGUAGCAACUAUGAAGACUAGGAGGUGAUAUGACUGCACUCAAUAAAUGCAAUAGGGAGGAAGAAAGGCUCUUUGCUAUUAAGGGGAAUACUGAAAAAGAACAAACUGGUGCAAAGUAGCCAUUGAUACCAUUAGCUAAAUUUAGUAUUAAAGCAAAUCUGCAUAAUUUGUAUCAUGUUCUAUUUGCAUAGUAAUUGUAAUUAAAAGACACAAAACCAGAAUGAAUUAUUGUUGUUGUUACUGUUUUUAUAAAAUAAACUCUUUUAAAUAUGCUGGAAGCAUAUUUUUGAAGUUAAAAUUUGCCAAGUACUGUCUAUAGCGAGGAAAUAUAAAUGUAAUGUUCCUAAUUAAUCUGACUUACUUACAUAUUUUCUGACUACAUAUCUGUGCUGUUAAUUUCAGGGGAUCAAAAUUCAUGAGUCACAUGUUGGGAAAACCAUGAGUUCCACUCCUCAAAUAAUUACAUAUUUAUUUUAUUUAAGAUUCUGUGUUCUGAUGUGUCUUGAGUUCUAUAUUUUGCUCUUUUUCUCUGCUUCUAGAACCUCCUGUUGUUUCAGAUUGCUCUUACAGUUCCUCAUCGGAAUCUGUAUUUACCUAUUUUAAUUAGGCCUGUAGUAUGUUAUUAAAAAAAUUAUUGCCCAAGAAAUACAGAUAUACAGUAUAUUUUUCUAGUUCUCUCUAAGUAUGUGUGUGAACUGCAGAUAUAUUAACAUGCAAGAUUAAUUUCCAGAAGGAAACUUAAGUAGGCUUAAAAAAAUUACCUGAGCGCCUAGGUUUGAUUUGCUUCAACAGCUCCACGCUCAAGUUUGUAAUUUAGAUUAAGUUCUUGGGAGGCAACUGUAUGCUUUGCUCAAGAGAAGGAAAACUUGUUUUUCUGGUAGGUGUGGCUGCUGUUACCGACCUUAAAGAACACCAGCCAUCUGAAAUAAAAUGUGUUGGCAAGUGUCUUAGAUAUCACACCAGCAUUUUCCUCAGUACUGUUCUGUAUUGAACAGUUCUUGCAAUUUCUCUUAAAAAUAUUUAAGUUUUUAUCUGGUUAGAAUAAAGACCUUGUAUAUUAUACCUUAGCAAAAAAUAAAUGGAGGACUGAACGGAACUUCACUCAGCUGUCUGCUUUAAAAGAUGCAGCAGCAUAAAGUGCAAGGACAAAGAAAUUUGCAUCCACGUUUAGAUACAUUCAGAAUGUUGUGUGGUGGGAAAAAAUCUUACUUGGCUGCUGCUGUGUGUGUUAUUACUCUAACUUCAAUGGUCACACUUUCUUAUCUUCAGUUACAGAGACAUUCUCACCUGCCAAAAAUAAUUCAAGAAGGUAGCAGAUGUAGAGGGAAAAUUACCAAUAGUACAAUAACAGCAUUAAAAGAUAACAGAACUUUUAUUAUAUCCCCAUACUUUGAUGACAGAGAAAGCAAAGUCACUCGUGUGAUUGGGAUUGUUCACCAUGAGGAUGUAAAACAACUAUACUGCUGGUUCUGCUGUCAGCCCGAUGGAAAGAUGUAUGUAUCAAAAGCAAAAAUUGAUGUUCACUCAGAUAGAUUUGGAUUCCCUUACGGUGCAGCAGAUAUAGUUUGUUUGGAACCCAACAACUGUGAGCCAACACAUGUAUCGAUUCAUCAGUCUCCACAUGGAAAUACUGACCAGCUGCCAAGGUUUGAAAUUAAAAACCGCAAGGCUGAGACCUUUUCUGUUGACUUCACUGUAUGCAUCUCUGCCAUGUUUGGAAAUUACAACAAUGUCUUGCAGUUUAUACAGAGUAUGGAAAUGUACAAGAUUCUUGGGGUACAGAAAGUGGUGAUCUAUAAGAACAACUGCAGCCAUCUGAUGGAGAAAGUCUUGAAGUUUUAUAUGGAAGAAGGAACUGUAGAGAUAAUUCCCUGGCCAAUAAACUCACACCUCAAGGUUUCUUCUAAAUGGCAUUUCAUGCAAGAUGGAACACACAUUGGCUACUAUGGACAAAUCACAGCUUUAAAUGACUGUAUAUACCGUAACAUGCAGAGGAGCAAGUUUGUGGUUCUUAUUGAUGCUGAUGAAAUAAUUCUUCCCCUUAAGCACCCAGACUGGAUGACAAUGAUGAGCAGUCUUCAGGAGCAAAACCCGGGGACUGGCAUUUUCCUCUUUGAGAACCAUAUCUUCCCAGAAACCAUAUCUACUCAUGUGUUCAACAUUUCAUCCUGGAAUACUGUGCCGGGUGUUAACAUAUUACAGCAUGUUCACAGAGAGCCCGACAGGAAAGAUGUAAUCAAUCCCAGGAAAAUGAUAAUUGAUCCGCGAAAGGUGAUUCAGACUUCAGUCCACUCUGUCCUACAUGCUUAUGGCAACAGUGUGAAUGUUCCCGUGGAUGUUGCCCUCAUUUAUCACUGUCGGGUGCCCCUUCAAGGAAACCUUCCCAGAGAAUCCCUCAUCAGGGAUACAACACUGUGGAGAUAUAACUUAUCGUUAAUCAUGAAUGUUAACAAGGUGCUAUAUCAAACCAUACUGUAAGCUCAAAAGUGAAACCUCGGUUAUAAGGAGGGAAAGUGGAGAGCUACUCGUAUGGUGGGGAGGCAGAGGGUAUAAUUUAAAGAUCGUAUUAAAAUCGCUUCCACAUGAAGCCUACAUCUUACAGAGAUUUAGGACAACAGCCCUUUUAUGUCCCGUACAAAGGUAAAUGCAUUUGAUUUGUGAACUGAAUCAAGGUACCUUGUAAGAGUCCACAGUGAUCGAGUGCUGGUUAAGAAUUGGGUUCCUCAGGUAAAGUCUUUACUGCAACUUUGUAAGAUGUGAGAGCUGACGUAUAGUGAGAAGACAGAUAGCUCUUUUAUAUGCCUAUAACUAUGAAAGGGCAUUAUUCAAGGCCUAGGAAGUGACCAUGCAGAUAUUAGAAAAUUAAUGUACUGAUUUCCAGCUUUCUCUCUUUUUCUUUUCCCAUCUUCAUAUAUGUUUUAGCUAGUACAAUGAACCUGUAAACUACCUGAAGAAGGAAUGAAUUAAUUUUUGGUUAUUUGUAUCUCUGAAGUGCUUGGUGGAUAAAAAAAUACAGCUGUG